AUGGCAAUACAAAUCAAUCCUUUUAACAAUAGUUUAAAUCUAAAAAUAUUGCUAAUUAACAACAUAAACGAGGCUAUCAAUUGGUUGUUAAAUUUAACCAAUUUCGGUCUUGCCCGAAACGAUGGAACACCUGUCAAUCGGUUAGUAGUGACAAGAUCAUGGUUUGACAUUUACGCCACGACUGGAUUGGGCAAAACCGAAUCCGCGUCUAAAAUGGACUGUGUGAUCCAAAUCACGCAGCUGAUGAAAGAAAAUUUUGGUAUUAAUUCGUGUUUGGAUUCGCACAAAUUGCAAACAAACACGAAAUGUUUCGACGAUUUACCGAGCGCUAUAUACAUUGCAGAGAAUUCGUCCAUGUUUCCAAAGGAACAAACCGAAAAACUCGGUAUCUUAGGAUAUUUCUUGGACACAGGCGACACAAAACUGCCUUUAGAAAUGCUUAACGACAUAUCUAACAUAAUGAUAACGCGACCAAGAGAAACUUCAACGACCAAAGACGGUAUGCACGUUUACAGGCAUUAUAUUAACUUUUACUGUUCGACUGGAGUGGGGCUGACUUUAGAAAACGCGAAAAUGAGGUCCGCUGAGCAAAUGAUUUACACGCUGAAAAAAAUCUGUGGUUUUGUACUCGAGUUUAAAUUGCCAGUUGUGGGCAACCCGGGAAACGAUAGAAAUGAUCAUCAUAUGUGGCUGUGCCUCCCGAUUGACGACCAAUACAAAAUAAAAUUGAUCAGAUACUUUUUGGAAACGUCCAGUGAGGUGCCGCACGCAGUGCAACUCAAUAAAAUCGCAUCCAUGAUGAAAGUGGUCGUGAAAUAUUCGGACUCGGGAAACAACAAACCUGGUGUGGCAUGCGAAUUUGGGCCUUAUAUAACGGUCGGUGUGGGCUCUACGAAAAUGAUAAGCGUGUACAAAUCACGGUCGGCAAUGUUGAACCAUCUAAAACUGGUAUGUGGUUAUGUACAAUAUCCCCGAACGUUCACACCACUGGACUGCUUAGAGUCUACAGUGGGCGAAAACCAUGGGACGGACUACGGUUACGACAGACGUGAAAUUCCCAUCCCGAACUUUUUGACCGAGCACCCGUCAAACGAAGUUACUCCGGCCGAACCUCUCGAAUUGUGGAAUCACGUAGACACAACUUCAACCCCUCUCUCUAAUACUCAAGAAUCAAUAGAAAUCGUCAUGCAAGACGGCGUAAUAGUGAGAGGAACGUUUAAGCCAAUUAUCGAACGGGUCUAUAACAGCAACAUGCCUACAAGACAUUUAAGGAGAAAUGUUCGUUGUCUAGCCCGAAUCCCGAUGGCUGAAGAAUCAUCUGAAAAUCCCAAUCAAGAAGACACGAAUUAGACGUGGGUCAGUGAAAAACAGUUAUUUAUUUAUACAGUAUACUUCACAUGAUAUUUAUGUGUAUCAACUUA